AUGGGUUCAUCCAGCACGCUUCCUACUCCUUCAACCAACUUGACUUUACUUCACGAGCCAUCAGAUUCCGAGAGGCCCAAAUUUACGAUAUGGUUUGAUAUUGACAACACCUUGUAUUCUCGGCACUGUAAAAUCAACGAGUUCAUGAGCCAAAAAAUUCUGGCUUACUUUCUGAAAUUGGGACUACCUCUAGAGCAAGCUCAAGAAUUGCAUGAGAGAUAUUACAAAGAAUACGGAUUGGCUAUUCGAGGAUUAAUCAGGCACCAUUCCAUUGAUCCGCUUGAUUACGACAAGAAUUGUGACCUGGCAAUCCCUUUGGAAGAUAUUUUAUCACCAGAUCCGAAAUUACGGCAAUUGUUGUUGGAUAUUGAUCGCUCAAAAGCCAGAGUUUGGUGUAUUACCAAUGCUUAUAAAACACACGCUUUACGAGUGCUCAAAAUCAUGGAUCUGUCCGAUUUGUUUGAAGGAGUAGUUUCCUGUGAUUAUACCAAUCCCAACUUUCACUGUAAACCCGAAAAAGAAUACUACCAGGAAGCGGUAGCUAGAUCAUUAGCUCAGGAGUCCAACCCAACAAAUCUCGAACGUGCAGACUUCUCGAACCACUUACUGGUGGAUGACGCAUUGAUUAACAUCCUGGGUGCUACUCAGUAA